GUUAUAGGAAGCAGAAGUUACACAUCCCAUGAGCUAAGAAGCAAGAAGAAAUUGGGGCACCAUGGGGAAAGCCCGCAGGCCUCCGCCAGGGCACCACAGGCAUUGUGAGGGAUGCUUCAACCGCCACUGCCACAUUCCUGCGGAACCCAACAUCUCCUGCCUGGUAAUAAGCUGCCACCUGCUCUGUGGUGCCACCUUCCACAUGUGCAAAGAGGCAGAGCACCAGCUCCUCUGCCCUUUAGAGCAGGUUCCAUGCCUCAACUCCGAAUAUGGCUGCCCUCUGUCCAUGUCCCGCCACAAACUGGCCAAGCACCUGCAGGUGUGCCCCGCCAGCGUGGUCUGCUGCUCCAUGGAGUGGAACCGCUGGCCAAAUGUGGACUCUGAAACCACUCUUCAUGAGAACAUCAUGAAAGAGACCCCCAGUGAGGAGUGUUUGGACACAGCCCUGGCCCUGCAGGACCAGAAGGUCCUCUUCAGAUCCUUGAAAAUGGUGGAGCUUUUCCCAGAAACUAGAGAGGCUACUGAGGAGGAACCAACUAUGAAUGGUGAAACCGGUGUGGAGGAAAUGGGAGGAGCUGUGGGUGGAGUGGAUAUCAGUUUGGUACCACACGGUUUGUCAGCAACUAAUGGGGAGAUGGCAGAGCUAAGUCAAGAAGAACGGGAGGUGCUAGCCAAAACCAAAGAAGGGAUGGACCUGGCUAAGUUUGGCCAGUGGGAAAAUAUUUUCAGCAAAGAGCACGCAGCCUCUGCUUUAACAAAUUCAUCAGCGAGCUGUGAGAGCAAGAACAAGAAUGGCCCAGAAAAGAAACAGAUUUCCAGUGGCAAUAACAUGGUAGAAGGAGAGGGCGCUCCCAAAAAGAAAGAACCACAGGAAAAUCAGAAGCAGCAGGACGUUCAUACAGCUAUGGAAACCACAGGGCUUGCCCCUUGGCAGGAUGGUGUUCUGGAAAGACUGAAAACAGCUGUGGAUGCAAAGGACUAUAACAUGUAUCUAGUGCACAAUGGGCGGAUGCUGAUCCACUUUGGUCAGAUGCCUGCUUGUACACCCAAGGAGAGAGACUUUGUUUAUGGCAAGCUUGAGGCUCAGGAAGUUAAGACUGUUUACACCUUCAAAGUUCCUGUGAGCUACUGUGGAAAGCGAGCUCGACUUGGAGAUGCCAUGUUGAGUUGUAAGCCAAGUGAACACAAGGCAGUGGAUACUUCAGAUCUGGGGAUCACUGUGGAGGACCUGCCCAAAUCAGAUCUCAUCAAGACCACCCUCCAGUGUGCUUUGGAAAGAGAACUCAAAGGCCACGUCAUCUCUGAAUCCAGAAGCAUUGAUGGACUGUUCAUGGAUUUUGCCACACAAACAUACAACUUUGAGCCAGAACAGUUUUCCUCUGGGACAGUGCUGGCUGACCUAACCGCUGCCACCCCAGGGGGACUCCACGUGGAGCUGCACAGUGAGUGUGUGACCAGGAGACACAACAAAAGCAGUUCUGCCUUCACUUUCACUUGCAACAAAUUCUUCAGGAGGGAUGAGUUCCCCCUGCACUUCAAGAAUGUCCAUACAGACAUUCAGUCAUGUCUCAACGGCUGGUUCCAGCAUCGAUGCCCCCUCGCCUACUUGGGAUGUACAUUUGUUCAAAACCAUUUCCGUCCCCCAGGGCAAAAGGCAAAAGUAAUCUACAGCCAGGAGCUCAAGACCUUUGCCAUUAAGCCGGAGGUUGCUCCAGAGCUGAGCGAGGGAAGGAAGAACAACCAUCUUUUGGGUCAUGGAGGAAAAAGCCAGAAUUCUUUAACCAGCCUGCCCCUGGAGAUUUUGCAGUACAUUGCUGGGUUCUUGGACAGUGUCAGCCUGGCCCAGCUCUCCCAGGUGUCUGUGCUGAUGAGGAAUAUCUGUGCCACUUUGUUACAAGAGAGAGGGAUGGUCCUUUUGCAAUGGAAGAAGAAGAGGUAUUCCCAUGGAGGCACCUCCUGGAGAGUCCACAGAGAGAUCUGGCAGUUCAGCAGCCUCUUCUCCAAAAUCAAGAGCUGGGAGUUUAAUGAAGUCACCUCCAUGUCCGAGCACCUGAAGUCCUGUCCUUUCAACAUCGUAGAGCACAAAACUGACCCGAUUCUUUUGACCAGCAUGUGUCAGCCCCGUGAGCAGGCCCGAGAGAGCUUAGUCUCCACCUUUAGAGUCAGACCACGAGGAAGAUACGUCUCCUAAAAAUUCAGAUGCCACCUGAUGCACCCGUCUUGGAUUUCUUCUCGGAGUUCCUGAAGUAGGACAGAGUGUGGUUUUGUAGACUCCCUUCUGUAAACUGCCUAUUUGCUUAUCAGGGUGUAUUGGAACAUGCAGUGUCCUUCAAAACCUCAACACAAGGCCUAAGAAUUUCCUAAGCCAUGUCUUGUACCAUAGUGACAUAUUAAUGACUUAUUUCCUUUUUUCUUUUCUUUUCUUUUUUCUUUCUUUCUAAAAUAGAUUGGUCUGAGAAGAAAAUAAGUAAUCUGAGGCCAUUUGGAAGAUGGACCCAAUUUCUUAAGCGAUGAGAGAGCAUGAAAUUCCAUAAUCAGUACAGGCCUGUGCUUUUACAUGGACUUUUCAGUUUACAAAGCACUUUCAAAUUUAUGGGACAAGAAACGCAGAAUGGGACUAAGGUGCAAAGAGUUACUCCCCAGGGAAUGCAGGGUGAAGGGAACAAAGCUGGAGGCUCUGGAGCUGGGUCUGUUUUGAUGGUCAAGUCCAGGGCUCGUUUUGGCCAUUCUACUGCCUCUAGGCCAGGGUAGUUCUAACACAGCCUGACACAGGAGAGCCCCUGACUGAGCAUGGCAGCCUUGAAGACACGACAGGCCAAAACAUGGGGUCACAGAGUCUGUUGUUAGAAUCUUGGCAACAUACAGCAGGAAAGCCUUGAGAAAUGGGGAGUCCAAAGGAGACACCAUAUUUAUGGAGAACAUUAGGACAAAAAGCCACAAGCCUACUUUGUAACAUUUUAAUAAUGACUUAAGGGUCAAGAUGUUUUUUCUUCAGAAAAUUAUGUUCUGAGUUAGGCAGAACAUAGGCAUGGCCCUGGGCCACCCUGUGCUAUCUGAAAUGACCUCAAUACACUAAUGCCAAUCUCAGCGUCAUGCCAGAAUGCACAGGGUAGCCCAGGGAGACCACACCUUUGGCAAAGUCCAGACAAGGCCCACUGCAGUUCCUAUGGCGCCAGUCACCAGCUCCUAGACACCACUUGGGGACCCCAUUGGGGUCUUGGAGAGGAAGACAUUUGAACCUAAUGGCUCCCUGAAAUUGCUCCUACCCAUCCAUAUUGCUGGUCAUGCAUUCGGUCUGACAAAAAUGGAUGAUACUGCUGUUUUUGGUAACAAACAGUAAAUAUUCAUAAAAACA